GUGUAAACCGGAGGUGGUUGUUGGCAGCUUGACUCUCGGUGUCUCAGUGGGACUCUGGUGGCUGCUGACAGCUGAGCGAACCGCCUCAGCGUCGGUCAGAUCUGAUCACUUUCACUUCGCACUUCGGGGGCAUCGACCGGACCGCUUCUCUCCGCCGCCGUGUCCGUCCGUCCGUCCGGCCGGCAGACCCUGUAUGAGUCCAGCAGACAGCCUCCACCAUGCCGACCCUCCCCGGAGCCGCUCUUUGUUUGUUGACUCUGUGGCUUCACUCCUGCAUGUGUUCUCCCAGUUUCGAAGAUGAAGCUUUCACCAUUCAGCACUCGAGCUCAAAGAAGUGCCUCGCUUCAGGGACUUCGGCAGACCUGAUCCUCGCCACCUGCGACCCGAACAGCAGGUCCCAGCAGUGGCUGUGGGGCUACAAACGCCAGCUCUACAACCUGAACACGUCGCUCUGCCUGGCCUUCAACGUCCACACCAAGACCCCGGCCCUGGUGGACUGCGGCUCCAGCCUGCCGUUGGGGUGGCGCUGUGCGGCCGACGGAUCCGUUUACACCGUCUAUCAGAUGGGCCUGGUAGUCAGCGGAGGCAAAGUUGCAGCCAAACGGGACUCUAAUGACACGUGGGUUAAAGCAGGAUCUCAGGACAACAUCUGCCACAGGCAAGAUCGUGUUCCAGUUGUCCACACGGCCAAUGGAAACUCUUUCGGCAGCCCCUGUGACUUCCCCUUCAAAUACAACGGCAGCUGGCACUUCGGAUGCCUCCCUGAUGCAGACUUUAGUGGACUGUCCUGGUGUGCCACAACCUCAGACUAUGACCAAGACGGGAAGAGAGGACACUGUCUAACACCUGAGGAGGGUUGCAGCACACUGUUUGCCAGCCCUGAGGGGGAGUUUUGCUACGAGUUUGUAUCCAGUGCUGCGGUGACCUGGCAUGAAGCUUUGGAUUCAUGUCGCAGUCAGGGAGCCGAUCUGCUCAGUUUGUCUGAAGCCGAAGAUCUCAACUCCACAACCCUAUCGGGCGGCCUUCGCAACAUGCCUGAGAGGAUGUGGAUCGGCCUGCACCAGUUGGACUCUUCUCAGGGCUGGCAGUGGUCAGACGGCUCCCCGCUGUCUGUUUUGCGCUGGGAAAAUGGAAUGCCGAUCACCUCCAUGAUCAUUGAGUCAGACUGUGGAGUCAUGAACUCUAAAAGAAACUACGAAUCUGAGUCGUGCAACAAACGGCUGCCAUACGUCUGCAAGAAGAGUGCCAAUGCCUCUCGGACUGAAAAAACAGAGCCUUUAGAAUAUAAAGAAACCGUGUGUGCGGACGGUUGGGUCCCGUGGAGCGGCUGGUGUUACAAGUUAGUGAAGGACAAACCACAAGACUUCGCAGAUGCCCAACAACACUGCAACACCGCAGAGGGAGGAGGGGUUUUAGCCAGUUUCCACUCCAUUGACAGCAAAGAGAUGAUCAGCACCAAUUUCCACGCAGAGGACCAGACUUCGCGUGUGUGGAUCGGCAUGUUUGGUGUCGGCAAGAACCCCACUGUCUUCAGCUGGAAAGACGACGCACCAGUCACCUUCACUUACUGGGACCAAAACCAACCAGUCCAGCCCGAUCAGAAUACCAGCUGUGUCUUCUACUCUGGAAAGUUUCAUGGUUGGAGGGUUGGGGACUGCACACAGAAGCUACAGUUCAUGUGCCAGAAGAAAGGAGAGGUCAACGAAAGUGCAACACAAGACGGAUGUCGCUUUGAAGAUGGCUGGAGGAGACACGGCAACUCCUGCUACAAAGUGAACACGGAACAAGUGUCCUUCAAAGAUCACUGCAACAUCACCAUAAGAAACGGGUUUGAGCAGGCCUUUAUCAACCGGCUGCUUACAGAGCAGAUCGGCAAGAAGACUCAGAAUUUCUGGAUCGGACUGCAGGACGUCAAGAACACAGGAGAGUACCAGUGGGUGAGCCAGGACGGGACCCCGGGUGUGGUUGAAUAUACCAACUGGGGCUGGUUUCAACCAGAUCGAGAGGGAGGCUGUGCUGCCAUUUCCACAGCGAAACCGUUGGGCAAGUGGGAGGUGAAGAACUGCUCCCUCUUCAAAGCGGGCACCAUUUGUAGAAAAGACCUCGUUCCACCUCCGGCCCCGGAACCAGAACCCAGUGCUAAUGCCACCUGUCCUGAUGGAUGGGUGUCCAGGCAAAACAUCCGAUACUGCUACAAGGUGUUUCAAGAAGAGAGGCUGAGCAGGAAGCGCUCGUGGGAGGAAGCCAAGAGGUUCUGUGAGGCGCUGGGAGCCGACCUGCCCAGCUUCACAAACGACGACGAGAUGAGAGCUCUGCACAGCAUCAUGAGGGAGACUGUCAGUGAUAAUCGGUACAUCUGGGUGGGUCUGAACAGGAGAAACCCAGCUGAUCGCUCCUGGCAGUGGAGUGAUGGGCGGCCUGUGUCUGUGGGUAUUUUACACCCAGAUUUCCAAGAGGACGAUGCGUACAGUCGGGACUGCACUGCUUUUAAGACAUCAAAGAGCACCUUGAAGCACCUGGUUGUGUUUCUUCUCCACGACUUGCCUCACGUCCCUUUCUUCGCCACGCCGUUUCACUGCGACGCCAAGCUGGAGUUUGUCUGCCAAAUCCCCCGCGGAAAGACUCCGAAAACCCCAGAGUGGUACAACCCUGUUGGGCACCAUGAGACAUCAGUGUUCAUAGACGGAGCAGAGUUUUGGUUUGUUGAUAAGCCGAAGCUAAGUUUUGAAGAGGCAGUGCUGUAUUGCAAAGGAAAUGGCAGCAAGCUGGCUGCUCCACUGAGCUCCACUGCUGUCGCAAAGAUUCACCAGCAACUGGAAAAGUUGUCGAGUUCUUCCCAGGAAAACUGGUGGAUCGAUCUGCAACCUGGCCGGGUGUUCCCCAUGACGUACCACGAGAUGUUCCGUUAUCACUCACGUUUCCUGGGUAGAUGCACCUACAUCAGCUCUGCCAUUCCCUUUCCACAGUAUGAUGGCAGUUGCCAGCAGCAAUUUUCCUUUGUGUGUGAAAGACACAACAUCACGUCGGUGGAGAUAAACCCUCAGGAUCCUCAGCCAGGAGGACAGCCCUGCGAAAAAACUUCUCUGUCCUUCAGAAACAAGUGCUACACAUUGAUGAAGAGCUUGAAGCCUCUGUCGUUCACGUAUGCCAGCGAGGAAUGCCAGUCGGUGAGAGGAACCCUGGUGUCCAUAGCAGAUCAGGUGGAACAAGACUUCAUCAACACCCUCCUGCCAGGCAUGAGAAAUAUGGACAAAAUCUGGAUUGGUCUGAAGCUGAAGCAGAGCAACUCUUUAUGGACUGACGAGACUUCAGUUAACUACAUUAACUUUAACCCUCUGCUGGUGGGCAUGCACAAGGCCAUAAAAGUCAACAAAUGGGAUCAAGAGAGUAUGGAUUUGUGUGCGUACAUGAUCAACAACCCCAGCUCUGACAUGCUGGGUACCUGGGACUACUCUUCCUGCACCCAACCUCAGAGUUUGGCCAUUUGUCAACAUUAUGCAGACAAAGUCGCGGAGCCUCAAAUCUCUACGGCGCCCUUCCAGGUCAAUAACCACACCAUCCAACUGCUGGACCAAAACCUCACCUGGUUUGAGGCUUUAGAGCAGUGCAGGAGCAACAACAUGGAUCUGGCAAGCGUGGCCGACACUCUGCUGCAAUCCACCCUCACCGUGCACGUGAGCCGUGCACAGAAACCCAUGUGGAUCGGCCUGUUUAGUGACGAUGACGGGAAUCACUACCGCUGGACCGACAACAGUCACACCGUGUUCAGUCGCUGGCCCUCUGAAGUCUCCACCAGCGGAUCAUGUGUUUACCUGGACACCGAUGGCUUCUGGAAAGCCACCGAGUGCGAGGAGGAGCUCGGAGGAGCCAUCUGCCACAAACCACUCGAGGAGGUCAUCACCACACCAAAGAAUGCUGCAGUGCAGUGUCCCCAUCAAAUUAACGGUCCAAACUGGAUCCCUUUCAGGAACAACUGCUACUCCUUCCAGCUGGUCGCCUCCAGAUGGCAACAGGUCGAUGAGGGGCAAAUCCAGGAAACCUGCAAAACCCUUCAUGAAGACGCAGGCAUCCUAACUAUCCGAAAUGAAGAGGAGAACGAGUUUAUCAAGAGCCAGCUUGUACCGUUCCAAUCCUUAGCCCAGUUUGUUUGGCUGGGAAUGUUCAUAGAUGACAUCGAUAACCAGACAAAGUGGUACGAUGGCACAAAUGUCCAAUAUUCUAACUGGGCGAAAGGCCGACCGGAUGUAGAUGGACCGUUCAUGGCUGGUCUCACCACAGAGGGCACCUGGAUUCUCGUCACAAACAUAAAGUUAUACUGGGAGUUCAAACAAAAGACCAUAGUGACCUGCAAACUGGAUUUUGAACCCAAGCAGGAGUACAACAAGUCAUCCAAAGAUUUUCAGCACUACGGCAGCUUGACCUAUGAGGUCUUGACCCAGAAGUUGACUUGGCAGAAGGCUCUGGAAGAGUGCGAUCGUCGUGGCGGCCACCUGGCGAGCAUCCACGACCUCCAGCACAACGCACACUUGAAGCUCAUCGCCAAGACAGACGGAUUCAGGCUCUGGAUCGGCCUGUCGAACCAUAAUGUCAGCGGCUCAGCUUAUGAGUGGUCUGAUGGAACAAAGUUUGACUACAACCACACCAUCACUGAUGAAUCCAAGAUGUCCAACUCUAGCAACCAAGAGCCCAGCUGUGUUUAUAUAACCCCUGCUGGAACAUGGGUUCAGACCAGCUGCAAAACUGUGGUGGAUGGUGCCAUCUGCUACACCACCGCCAUCACCACCCCUUCCCAAAGAGCCAAACUGCAAACUGCCCCAAAAGACAACCACUGCCCUCAGAGCAACGGUGUGUCCAAGUGGAUUCAGCAUCAGGAUCACUGCUACGCCUUUGACGAGAGUUUCUACAACUACAGCAUCUACAGCAUGGAGCAGGCCAAGAGCAUCUGCCAGAAGAUUGAUGCUGAACUACUAACUAUCAAAUCCAAAGAGGAGAAUGACUUUCUUGCGAAGUACAUGUCGGAAAACCCUCUAAUCACCAAUCGAGUGUGGCUCGGAAUGGACCUUGAUGAGCAAGGUAAGCCUGUAUCCUGGCAGGAUGGCUCGGCUCUGGCUUUCGCUAACUGGAAGUCCGAAGACCAGCUUAAAGAGAAGAAGUCCGAGCCCCAUUGUGCCAUCAUGAUGGCCGCAGAUAGCGGGACUUGGAGCCUGGUCAACUGCAAGUCUGCCGACAGUCGUGUCGUCUGCAAAACUGGAACGAAUUCUGCAGGGACUCCUGUGGCGCUGGGUCUCUUUAUCAUCAUCAUCCUCGCUCUCCUUCUGGCCGUCGGCUUCAUCGUCUACAAGAAGAAGAGAUCCCAGUUUUCCUCCACCGUCCGCUACAAGAGGACCUUCGAUGACGCCACCAGUAUAGUAACCGAAGAUGACUGAGCUGGCUCCGGUAAUCAGCCUCAGGGAGUAUUGAUCCAUGUGCCUGCCUCGUGUGCUUUUUAGGAAUUCUCAGCUUGAGCGAAUGCAGCCUCCUUCCCUCCGUUUUUAAAAAAAAAUUAUUUAUUUUUCCUGCUUCAGCCUGGAAACUUUCCUGAAUUAAGUUUGAAACUGUAAAUAUUGUUUGGAAAUUGUGAACCGGUGCCAAUUGAGUUUCUUAACAUUGUGUUGCUUGGUAUUUAAGAGCACCGUGUUGACGUUCUGUACAUGCUUGGGCUGAUUCUCUCUGCUGAAUGUGGAUUUUUGAGUUGAUUUGUCGAAAUAUGCAGCCUGAUAAGAUCUGUGUUAAACUCCCAUUUAGCCUUAACAAGUGAAAUUGCACUGAUGCAUGAGUGACUCCAAAAUGUCUUAUUUUUUAUUUAUACUGUGUACAUGAAAUCUAAUCCGGUUUGAUUUACGGUACAUGUGGUGAACAAAAAUCAAUACAUUAACAAACUUUUAAAAAAACUAGUCACCUGAAAACACAAUACAAACUAUGUCUUUGACUCAGAGUGUUCAAUAUCCAGAGAGAGUCCCUUUUAAAUUGUAGUAACACUGCCAGAUCCCCCAUUCUACUAGCCAACUAAUUAAAGACUAAGGAUCAUAUCUGAACACUUAAGAGUUCUGCAAAUCACUUUAAAACUGUCUGGAUUGAGAGAUUACACUCUGGUCUAUCAAUACAUUUGUGUUUUUAGUUGGACUACGCCUUAAAAUAAGCACAUAUGUUUGUCAUGGAUGUAAACGUCACUGACUGUGCCUUCUAACAUCAUUUCCUCUGAUGAAAGUUGAGUUUUUACGCAGGAAAGGCUUUAUUGUUACUAUUUUUUUCUCUGAUUUCUAAAUGUGUUAAUGCCUAAUAGUUUUGAAACUAGUCUGAACUUUCCGUCCUACUGAUAAGCUGUAAAAGUGUGGGACGCCGUCUUAUCAUCAAACUAAAGCAGACGCCUGUCUGUAUAACUUUGUGUGGAUCUGACUUUACUAUGCACUUAACUACUGAGCAAGAGCGCACUUUAAUACGUUGCGGAGAUACAGUUUCUAUGUUUAAGCACAAAGUUUGGAGAGUUUUGACAGGUGUUCAGAUUGCACUGGUAUUUGCUGUAAAUGCUUUGUAAAUAUGUGAUGUUUGUUUUAUAACUGAGAUUGAACCAAAGAUGCUCUGAGUCCUUUGAAUGUCCGAAGCCUGAGCUUUCUUUUUUCAGUUUGAGGAACUGCCUCGGUGUGGCUUGUUAACCCAUUCAUGUCAAGAUGCAAACCAAAUGUUCUUACAUCACGUCACUCCUACACAGAUUAAUCAGUCCAAAUCAGGUACCAUAUCCUUCCAAUAAAAUUACGUCGUGAACCAA